AUGAAACCUCAUCCACUUGAAGCUUCUUUUGAUCCUCAUGGUCUCAAUGUUCUUCUGGUGGAUAAUACUUUCACAUCUCUCUUUGUUAUUUCCAGGAUGCUUGAAUACUGCGAUUAUCAAGUUACACCAUGCACACAGCCAACAGAAGCUUUAAUGUUACUCAGGAAUGGUGAUAUCAAGUUCGAUAUGGUGUUAACAGAAGUCCAUUUCUCACAGGAUAUGAGCGGAAUGAAGUUUUUGGAGAUCGUUCAACGCGAAAGCGAUCUACCAGUUGUUAUUGUGUCAGCAGAAGACAGAAUCAAAAUCAUGAUGGAGAGCGUUACAAAGGGCGCGUGUGCUUAUCUAUUGAAACCGGUCAGGAUGGAGGUUGUUCGGUUUCUGUGGCAACAUGUUGUUCGUAAGAAAAUGUUCGGUUUCAAACAGAUUGAUAAUGUGGAAGAGGGCGAACCAAAAUCGAGUCUGUCUGUAGAAGAUAAAGAGAUUUGUGCAAGCUCAGAUGGUGUUCCUGUGGAAGAUGAGCAAGUUAAGAUUCCUGGUAAAAAGCAUCGAUUGGUUUGGACUGAUGAACUUCAUCAAAAAUUCGUGGAUGCUGUGACACAACUUGGAAUCCAAAAUGCUGUCCCAAAAAAGGUGUUGGAGCUAAUGAAUGUUCCUGGGCUCAGGAGAGGAAACGUAGCCAGCCAUCUACAGAGAUUUAACAGUUAUCAUUUUAGUGGUUCAGAAAUUCAGGUUAAGUCUCGGAAAGAUCACAACACAUACCCGAAAAAGUUUCAACGGGCCAAAGACUGCGACUGGUAG